AUGGAUGGUGCACCUGUCCAGAUUGGACGGAAGACUACAUUUAUGGAUACAAUUUGUCGAUGCAAUAUCGACCAUCACAUUUCCAAACCUUACACUCCAAAAGAAAACCCGGCGGAAGGUGGAAUUCGAGAGUUAAAACGGAGGUAUUAUCGAUUGAUCAUCAAACACGGUAUCCCUGAACGCCUUUGGGACUUUGUCUUGGACUACGUGGUUGACACAAUGAAUGUUACUGUCAAUUAUUCAAAGUACUCUGAUGGUCGGGUACCUUUAGAAAUUAUAACUGGAAUCACGCCAGAAAUCACUGAAUAUCUGGAUUUCACGAUAUAUGGUUGGGUGUUCUUUCGCAGCAAUGGCGGCUUGGGAGUCAACCACAUGGGACGAUGGCUUGGGGUUUCACAACGUGUGGGACCCAUGAUGACAUAUUGGGUUCUCCCAAAGAGCGGUAUCCCCAUUUCUGUGGAUACUGUCCAAAUGGUAACCAACGAUGAACAGCAAACUGAUUCUGUCAAACAACAGAUGCAACGUUGGACAGCUGAUGUCUCUAAGAUAGUUGACGCUAAAUCUACUUACAUCAACUGGGGGAAGGAAGACAUUCCUCAUCAAAUGAUGUUCGAUUUUGACAACGAGGAUGACGAAUUUAUGCGCAACUUUGGUAUGCUCAUCAACCCAGAGACGCUGGAAGAUGGCGACUUUGAGGGGACUGAACAAGCUGCAGAUGACCUUGAUGCCCAAGAUUACACCAACAUGGAGAUUGGUUUACGACGAGGCGCAGAAGGCAAACUCCAAAAGGCAAAGGUGAAAAGACUGAUAGUGGAUGAAAAUGGAAGACCAAUUGGCGUCGCUAACUCCAAUUAA